ACAGAAAGAGAGACUCAGCCGGGGGGAGAGUAGCAGAGAACGGAGAAUACCCUCAGGCUGUUGCAGAGCUCAAUCCUGUGCGAGACAGAGCCUGUUUUUUAUUUUAUUCUGCGAGUGAAGUUGAUUUGAGUUCAGUUUUUUUUUUUCUGGAGGGAGCGUGUUGUGGAUCAUGCAGGGCAGGGCUGGACGAGCCGCCCGUAAAGAUGCAGUGUGUGAAACACCUCAGCAGGGCAGGAGUCUGGGGGAGAUGGAGGUAGAGGGGGAAACAGCAGCGCCCGUAGGGGUAAAACCAAAAGUGGUCGAGCCGUUGGACUAUGAGAGUGUACUUGUCCAGAGGAAAACUCAGAUACUCAGCGAUGUCCUCAGAGACAUGCUGCAGUUUCCUAUUGAUGACUUUCAGAUCUCCAUUUUGAAGCGUCAGGGCAGAACACUGUACUCUUCAGUUCCAGAUGGGGCAGAAAAGAGAGCCAGCAGCUUGCUAGUCCAGGAGUGCAUCAAGACCUACAACUCUGAUUGGCAUAUGGUGAACUACAAAUACGAGGAUUAUUCUGGAGACUUCCGCCAACUUCCAAAUAAAGUUCCUCGGCCAGAGAAGCUAGCGAGUCACGUGUUUGAGGUGGACGAGGACGCAGAUAAAGAGGAGGAUGCCGCAUCAUUGGGUUCCCAAAGAGGGGGCGUGUCCAAGCACGGCUGGCUGUAUAAAGCAAACAUGAACAGUGCCAUCAGUGUUACCAUGAGGUCUUUUAAGAGAAGGUAUUUCCACUUGACCCAGCUGGGAGAUGGAUCGUACAACUUGAACUUCUACAAAGAUGAGAAAAUAUCUAAAGAACCCAAGGGAACCAUCUUCCUGGACUCAUGCAUGGGUGUCAUCCAGAACAGUAAAGUGCGGCGUUUCGCGUUUGAGCUGAAGAUGCAGGAUAAAAGCACGUAUCUUCUGGCUGCAGACAGCGAAGGAGAGAUGGAUGACUGGAUCAGCACUCUCAACAAGAUCCUCCACAGCAGUUUUGAGCUCGCCAUGCAGGAGAGGAGGAACGGGGAACUGCACGAUGAUGAUGAGCUGGGCAAGACAGACAUAUCACCAGGGAAUUUUCAGGACAGUUUCCAGAGUGCGAGAGACAUUGAGACCAAGAUGAGGAGUGAGACUCGUCUGAAACUCUUCACUCUGGACCCUGACACACAGAGACUCGAUUUGUCUGGCAUCGAACCUGAUGUGAAGCAGUUUGAGGAGAAGUUUGGAAAGAGAGUAUUGGUCAGCUGCAAUGAUCUGUCUUUCAACCUUCAGAGCUGUGUGGCAGAGAAUGAGGAGGGACCUACUACUAACGUACGAUUCACACACACAAUCACAGUGGUUCUGUGGUUAUAAAGCUAUUUUCUUUGGCUUAGUGUCACUGUCUCUGAUGAGGGAUGUGUUGUGGUAUCCAGCCAAACUCCAUGGGAAAGGGAGAAUUUGUGUGUAUAUUUGAUUGUCAUCCCUGUACAUGAUUACAUAAAGGUAAAUGUGUAAUUAUUUGAAUGUUAAACCCCUUUCUCCUAUUUCAGUUUAAUUUGCACACACUCAUAGAAGACUUGAGUGCUCAAUAGACUAUCAGUAUAAACACUGUGCCUCUGUGGCGCUUUCAAAAAUUACUCUGACAUGUUGGAGCGCUCUAACAGACAAUCAACCUUAGCUCAACACACACUUCUGGCACAGAUUACCCUUGAGAAGACAUUACCCUAAAGAAAAUAUAUUUGCUUAUGCAUGAAUGAUCAAUAUAUUACAUUAUCUAUUGUAUAUUUUAAAAUAU